AUGGUGCAUCCUUUGGUUGAUAGAGCCACAAGCGAUAUGCUAAUAGGACCUGAUUGGGCAAUGAACCUCGAGAUUUGUGACAUGCUUAAUCAUGAGCCAGGGCAAACGAGAGAGGUUGUGAGUGGCAUAAAGAAAAGGCUUAGUAGUAGGACUUCCAAGGUUCAACUUUUGGCUCUUACUUUGCUAGAGACAAUCGUAAACAAUUGCGGGGAACUUACUCAUAUGCAAGUUGCAGAGAAGGAUAUUCUCCAAAAGAUGGUGAAGAUGGUCAAAAGGAAGCCAAACAUCCAAGUGAAGGAGAAGAUAUUGAUACUUAUAGAUACCUGGCAAGUGAGCUUUUCAGGUCCACAAGGAAGACAUCCACAAUAUUAUGCAGCAUACCAAGAAUUGUUGCGUGCAGGAAUUGUAUUUCCUCAAAGACCUCCAACCACAAUCAAUUCAGGACAAAAUGGUUCUUCGACAACGUAUCCUCAGAAUUCUCGUAACGCUAGACGAGAAGCGAUUGAUACUUCAACAGAGUCAGAAUUUCCAACUUUGAGAGAUGAAUCGUUGCUUUGCCAAGGCCUAGCCUUAAAUGACGAUUUGCAGCGAUUACUUGCGAAGCACGAAUCCAUCGCUUCUGGAAACAGUGUGAUACAAAAGGAAGAAAAAGCUAAAAAAGAAGUUCCUAAGGACCCAAACCAGAUCAUAGAUGUUGAUUCAUGUGAAACCAAAGAUGGUGGUAGUAGUAUUGUGGCUUCUGCAACCAAUGGUCCAAAAAUAGAUCUUCUUAGUGGAGAUGACUUUGAGACACCGAAUGCAGAAAACUCACUGGCUCUUGUUCCUCUUGGACCUCCACAACCAACAAGUCCCGUAGCAACGCCAGACAAUUCCCUCGUCUUAAUCGACAUGUUAUCAGAUACUAACGAAAGCUCUACCCCAACUUCGAAUCAGAAUCAGAUGGUGCAAUCAAAUGGAUUUGGACCAGUCCAUCAAGACCAAUCUUUUUACGGACAAGGACCAUCAGCUGGUCCUGUCUGGAAUCUCCAAAUUUCCCAACAACCAUCUUCUCCUUCUUACGGAAAUCAACCUUUUUCGCCUACCUUUAGCCCUCCCGCCUCUCCUCACUAUGGUGGACAAAACAACAAUGUUCUAGCAUUACCUCCACCACCAUGGGAAGCUCAAUCUCCAAGCUCAAGCCCUCAAUACUCUCCUACUCAUCCAAUGCAAGUGACUCAAGUGGUCAUCACCACGCAUACUCAUCAACCACUCGGUUACAACCCUCAUCAAGGUGGCUCUCCUCAUGCUACCAACAACAAUAACAUGUUUGAUAUGCUCCUCCCUCCAAUGACAGGAGGCCACAUGCCACCUUUUGGCCACAACCCAAACGUCCAGUAUCAUAACAACCCUACAAACAUGUACGGAGGCUACGGAGGACAACCUCAGCUGCCACCACAACAACAGUAUCUUGUAGAACAACAAAUGUACGGAAUGGCUCUUCAAGACAAUGGAACCAACCAUACUAAUAAUCCCUACCAAGUUUCUUCUCAUCAUCCUUCGCCUCUUGGUCAUCCACCAAUGAUGAGACCUAUGAACAAGAAACCAGAGGAGAAGUUGUUUGGAGAUCUUGUUGACCUUUCCAAGUUCAAGAAACCCACUUCCGGACGAGCCGGUAGCAUGUAA